GAGACAGAGAAGAAGACAUAACAUCAAGUCAAAAGCCUGGAUUUAGCGGGGGACACGCGCGCCGCCGCAGCUGUCAACUCAACACGCGCCUUUCCCACGUCGGCCUCAUCAAGAGAGGGAUACAGAAAAGUGUGCGUGAGAGGGAGACGCAGGGCAGAGUCAGGAUGAAGCUGGCUAUCUUCUUUUUGGUUGUUCUUCAUGUGGCCUUCAUCAAUGGCGCCCUCUUCGCCCGCAGCGCUCCUCAACGCGCUUACAACAACUUACCAAGCAGCGACAAAGGGGAUCGAGCCACUGCUGGCACAGGGACUUUAAUCUACGGCAGACAGAGGCCACUGUUCGCGAGGAGAGGACAGUAUGAGCGACAGAGUGUGCCGCAGAAGUUCAGAGUGAGUCAUGCUUCUCCAAUUAUCCGUCCUCCGCCUCCUAAAGUGACUCCCAAACCUGUGAAGCCCACGUGCUCUCAGCUUGCACAAAGCUGUUUACCGCUCUCCGGCUGCUGUGACCCACAUACCUCGUGCCACUGUCGCUUCUUCAACGCGAUCUGCUUCUGCCGUAAAACAAACUUGCAACACGAGAAGAAAUCAUAAAAAAAAAGAUAAUAAUGAAAAUUAUUAUCAUUAUUAUUAUUAUUAUUAUCAAAAAAAAAAAAAAUAAAAAAGGUCCAAGGAAAGUGGGAGAGUUUGGAUGUUUGGUGAAGAAAGGCUGAUGAUGCCUUUUGCCUUUGGACUAAAAAACAAACUGCUUAUUACUGUGUCACUGGCAAAGUAAUAUAAAAGCAUGUAAGUGAAGUAAAUUUGACAGUUUCGAGGCUUUGGUUAUUAUAUGCUUUUGCUUCUGUGUGAAGAGAUUUGCUUCUGUGUGAUUCUUAAUUGUCUGCAAUGUUUGUAUUCAGUCAUAUGUACAUAUGCAUGUAUACAUAUCAUUCAUUUUUCAUGAAUCAUCCCUUUUUCAUGAAUGUAUUACAUUGUUAAGCUUGUGCCACGGUCCUGGAGAAAAAAAAAAUUCAAUGAAGUUUUAAAGGACCAGUGCAAAGAAUUAUGGGCGAUCAAUUAGUGGAAAAGUAAUGUCAUAUUUGUUAAUAUUUUGCAAUUCGUGCAUAAUUACGUGGAACCAAGAAUCUUUUUGUGACCUAAAAUCAGAAUCAGAAGCCCUCUAUUAGUGCACGUUAGGUUACAAAAUGUCCCAUAACAGACAAACGAAGCACUGACUCCAGAGAGGACAUUUUUAUGCUGCAUGAAGGCCACUGUAUAGGUUCUCCUACGUGUUUGGAAGAGGAAGGUGAUGUGGAGUGUUUAUGUCAAACUUUAAGUUUGGCACCAGGGUCGUUUUUGUUUCCUCACAUUAAAUUCAUGAGAAAACACAACUUGUUUUCUCCUCCAGAAAAUUAAAAAGAGGAGGCAAAGCUUUGAUUGGCUUUUCCAACAUACCAAUACCAACAUUUCAACUUGAGCAGGUGUGGGAAUAACACAUUAUUUGUUUUGGAUGAUCUACAUGUAAUCUCAGAGUGCUUUAAAAUCACUUUGUGUUAUUUAUCCAGUGUGAACAAGCUUAAGGGUCAGCGUAAUCGUGUAGUUCUAGUCUCCAACUUCUCCACUAGAUGCCACUAAAUCCUACACACUGAGCCUGUAAUGUGCUGUGUCUAUGCGCAUGUGUGCAUUCAUUCAUGUGAAAGUAAGAGGGUUUCUUCAGCUUUGUUGACUGAGAUGAAUUGGUUCGUGGCAGAAAGUGUGGCUCCUCACACAGAGAUCCUCAGUAGUUAGCUGUAGGCAGGUGGACUCACUUGAGUUAAGAUGUUUCAUUGUUCAUCCAAGAGGAGUCUUCAGUUCUUGUGACUGGAAUUGUCUGGACAUUUAGCCUCUGAAUUGGAAGAAACGUGAAAUGUCUUCAACUUAACUCAAGAAAGUCUACAGCUAACUACUGUACAUGAUUAUGACCUGGAUGGCUGAGAACCUUCCCAGAUAUGCACAGAAAUGUCUGUAGAUUUAAAAUAAAAAGGUCAAUGUGGAGCUUUUUAGCAAAUCGAUAAAAUAUGUUAAAUUAUUAAUGCUGAAAAGUGUUUUGCAGGAGAAUUUUUUUUUAUUUUUUAUUUAUGACUCAUUCACACAAAUAUGUUGUAGCACCAUCCUGAGGUCAUGUUCUCUGAUCAUAAAUCUUAAAAUCACAUGUAUGGUUAAAGCAAUAUUUCAAGAAAAGUAGUUGUACUUUUUGUCAAUGAAAAGCAAGUUUCACCGUUAGUGCCUCCUAGUGGUCGAUUUGAAUGAAACUCUGCUGUAUUUGAAUUUAGAUGAGGAUGUGCAAACUCAUGUUUUGGCCCAGUGAUUGACGAGGGUUCACUAGAAGAUGAAUAUGAAGGCUUUUAGGAAACUGGAGAACAAUUUUAGUGCAAUAACCCGAAUGAGCAAAGAAGCAGUCAUGCUUUCAAUUUGUGCAACUUGUGAUUUUGCUGCACAAACAAGAUUAGCAGUGAAAGUUAAGUGAGAGGGGAAAAAAAAGGAUUUUGGCACCUCCGAGACAAAGACACAUUCAAACACACACACUACAGCCCCAUGAACAGAGAUAAACACGCUGCUGGGGUUUUUUUUUUCCUUUUAUCCACUGCCUCACAAAAGCAAAAAGCACUUUCAUCUCUGCAUUCUCUCAAGCAAUUAUUUCAUAUAAAUGCACAGGGUGUUAUCCUGGUGAUGGAAUCUUCUCCCCACUUCACAGUAGUAAGGGCCUUACACUCCGCCAUGUUCUUUAAUAUAAUCUGUAAAUAAAUAGUAUGGAAAAUCCAUUCA